AUGGCGCACAAGACCACUCACAAUAUCAAGCUUGCGCCUUUCGAGGACACGCCUCUGGAGCAGAUUCCACAGUUUGCUUCAACUCUGCGCAGUACCUUUAGAUCGCAGAAGACCAAGGAUGUCGAAUACCGUCUGGUCCAGCUGCGCAAGCUCUACUGGGGUCUUACCGACUUGACUCCCAAGCUCCUCGAGGCUUUGAAGCAGGAUCUCAACAAGCCCGAACAUGAUUCCCAAAUAUCAGAGGUCGGCUGGGCCAUUCAAGACACCAUGUUUGCCAUCAAGAAUCUCAAAAAGUGGGCUCAGGACGAAACAAACGUCGACGUCCCUUUCCACAUGAAGAUCAUCAAGCCUAGAAUUCACAAGGAGCCCCUGGGCGCUGUUUUGAUUAUCGGCACCUACAACUUCCCUGUCAACUUGACCGUCUGCCCCCUCAUUGGUGCCAUCGCUGCUGGCUGUCCCGCCGUUGUCAAGCCUUCCGAGGGUGCUCCGGCCACGGCUGUUGUCCUUCAGGAGCUCAUUGAAACCUAUUUGGAUCCCGCCGCCUACAAGGUCGUCAAUGGCGGCGUGCCCGAAACUACCGCUCUUCUCAACGAGAAGUGGGCCAAGAUCUUCUACACUGGCGGUGUCAAUGUAGCCAAGAUCAUCUCCAAAAAGGCGGCCGAGACCUUGACUCCCGUGGUUCUGGAGCUUGGCGGCAAGAACCCAGCUUUCAUCUCCAAAUACGCUGACCUCACUCUUGCUGCCCGCCGGUUGCUCUGGGGCAAGGUGCAGAACGCGGGACAAAUCUGCAUGUCAGCCAACUACAUCCACAUUGAUCGCGAGGUCUUGGACGACUUCAUCAGAGUCCUGACCGCCGUCCACAAUGAAUUCUUCCCCAACGGUGCUCAGGCCAGCCCUGACUUUGCCCGAAUCAUCAACCACCAGCAUUUCGAUCGUAUCAAGGGCAUGCUCGACAACACCAAGGGCAAGAUUGUCUUGGGAGGCCAGACUGACAGAGAAGAUCUCUUCAUUGCGCCUACCAUGGUCCUUGUUGACUCCAUCAAUGACUCCAUGGUCCAAGAGGAAUCGUUUGGUCCAAUCUGGGCCAUUCUGCCAUACGACUCUGUAGAUAGCGCCAUCGAUAUUGUGAACGAGGUUGACCCUACACCAUUGUCACUCCAGACAUUUGGCAAGUUUGAAGAGAACAACAAGAUUCUGAACAGCGUCACGUCUGGCGGAGCCUCAUUCAACGACGCCUACAUGCACGGUGCCGUUCCCACACUGCCGUUCGGCGGUGUAGGCACAUCCGGCCAGGGUGCAUACCGCGGCAAGAACUCGUUCGACACUUUUACUCACUUCCGUACCGUCACCGAGACCCCCGGCUGGGCAGACAAGCUCAUGGCCGUGCGCUACCCGCCAUAUGUCCCCGCGGAGCUCGCGCAGUACCUCUGGCUGAACGGUUCCAAGCCCGACUUUGACCGCAACGGCAAGCAGAUCACUGGCAUCGGAUACUACUUGUGGCUGGUCUUUGGACUCGGUGGCCCCUCGGCCAAAGGUGCGUUGUUCCGGUGGUUGCUGGUCUUGACGGGCGGCUACGUUUAUGUGAAGAGGCUGAAUCUGAGACGUUUGUUGCUAGGCUCUAACUGA